AUGAUGCGCAGCUUCACGCGCCAUAGAUCUCCACGCCAGCGAGUUAGCUGGUCAUCAACUAUCGACGACAUGUCUAGCCUCCGACCGUGUUCGAGCACAUCGUCCAGGGGACGGGACACUGGGUUCCCAGAGCCCUUCAAUGGAGAUCGAAACACAACAUUACCACACCCAGAAGCCAAUAUCGGACCCAACGCCACCCUCGGCGAGGAUGACAUCUCGACGGAAAGGGCACUCAUGCGGGCCAGAAAUUCGUUCCUAAAGGAGCCAACUUCAAGCCCAAACAACGCCGAAGGGUUCAUGGACGGCAUCAAGAACAUGGAACGCAUGGCUCGCGCGGCAAGAGGCGAUGUCAGCCAAAGACUAUCAGACAAUGGCGCGGCAUGGGGGACAACGACAGCAACAACACCAACAAAGGACAGCGAUAGUGUCAUGUCCGCAUCAUCAGGUGGCUCAGGCCCUCGACGACUGGAGACCCCGUUCGUGAACCGUGCACAGCCGCUCUUCUCACCGGACUCGCCGGAGUCCAAGAAGAGCACAAAGUCAAGGGGGAAGAGGGCAUGGUUUGCCAGGAACGUAUUGGGCAGGUCGUCUUGA